AUGCCGCUACGCAGCGCAUUGUUCGUGCACCGACACCGAUGUCUGUCGAAACAUCAGUUUGUGUUCCAGCUAUUGUAUACUGAACACUGUGCCACUUUAUGACAGCUCAAUCACCAAUGACGUACUUUGAUACAAACAUAGGCUACGCGUUCAUUGGUAACACAUCUGUCAUUUGAGCACUGUGCUCCAUUCACAGUCGAGGUUAAAAUACUUCUAACAACGUAACCACCCACCAUAUUGAAAAAGUAGUUUAUCGGUGAAUGAUGAUCAAGACGUUAAAGUAGUGAAUUCGGAUCUUAAAGUUUAAUGUAUUUACAACAAAAUGUCGGGGAAUUUCGGAAUGCAGCAGUUAAUCCCCAUUGUAAACAAACUACAAGAUGCAUUUGUGCAAAUGGGCGUGCACAUGUCUUUAGAUCUCCCACAAAUUGCAGUUGUGGGUGGCCAGUCCGCUGGAAAGAGUUCAGUGUUAGAAAACUUCGUCGGCAGGGAUUUUCUGCCCCGUGGCUCCGGUAUUGUGACUCGUCGCCCUUUGAUUCUACAGCUCAUACAUGGAAACGCAGAAUAUGCGGAGUUCCUCCACUGCAAGGGCAGAAAGUUCGUGGACUUCAAUGAGGUGCGAGGGGAGAUCGAGGCGGAGACGGACCGCAUCACGGGCUCCAACAAGGGCAUUUCGCCCGUGCCUAUCAACCUCCGCGUCUACUCGCCCAACGUACUUAACCUGACGCUGAUCGACUUGCCCGGCCUGACGAAGGUUCCCAUUGGCGACCAGCCGGUCGACAUCGAAGCCCAGAUCAAGGGCAUGAUCUUCCAGUUCAUCCGGCGGGAGUCGUGCUUGAUCCUCGCCGUCACUCCGGCCAACACCGAUCUGGCGAACAGCGAUGCUCUCAAACUUGCCAAAGAAGUUGACCCGCAAGGUCUGCGCACGAUCGGCGUGAUCACCAAGCUGGAUCUGAUGGACGAAGGCACCGACGCGCGUGACGUACUCGAGAACAAGCUGCUGCCGCUACGUCGCGGCUACAUCGGCGUCGUCAACCGCUCGCAGAAAGACAUCGACGGCCGCAAGGACAUCGCCGCCGCGCUCGCUGCUGAGAGGAAGUUCUUCCUCAGCCACCCUUCAUACCGGCACAUCGCGGACCGGCUCGGGACCCCGUACCUGCAGCGCGUGCUCAACCAGCAGCUCACCAACCACAUCCGCGACACCCUUCCCGGCCUGCGCGACAAGCUGCAGAAGCAGCUGCUCACGCUGGAGAAGGAUGUCGACCAGUACAAGCACUUCCGCCCCGACGACCCCUCCAUCAAGACCAAGGCCAUGCUGCAAAUGAUUCAAACACUGCAAACCGACUUCGAGCGCACCAUCGAAGGUUCUGGCUCCGCGCAGAUCAACACCAAUGAGCUGUCGGGCGGUGCCAAGAUCAACCGGCUCUUCCACGAGCGGUUCCCCUUCGAGAUCGUCAAGAUGGAGUUCGAUGAAAAGGAGCUUCGACGCGAGAUCGCCUUCGCUAUCAGGAAUAUCCACGGUAUUAGGGUUGGUUUGUUCACGCCCGACAUGGCGUUUGAGGCCAUCGUGAAGAAACAGAUCGGGCGGCUGAAGGAGCCGUGCCUCAAAUGUGUGGACCUCGUCGUGCAGGAGCUCUCCAACGUCGUUCGCAUUUGUACUGAAAGGAUGUCUCGUUACCCGCGCCUGCGCGAGGAGACGGAGCGCAUCAUCAUGUCGCACGUGCGCUCGCGCGAGAACCAGUGCAAGGACCAGCUCGUGCUGCUCAUCGACUGCGAGCUCGCCUACAUGAACACCAACCACGAGGACUUCAUCGGAUUCGCCAAUGCUCAGAACCAAUCGGAGAACUCGGCCAAGUCGGGGCACCGCGCGCUCGGUAACCAGGUUAUCAGGAAAGGUUACAUGUGCAUACACAACCUGGGCAUCAUGAAAGGAGGUUCCCGCGAUUACUGGUUCGUGCUCACAUCGGAGAGCAUCUCGUGGUACAAGGACGAGGAGGAGCGCGAGAAGAAGUACAUGCUGCCGCUGGACGGGCUGAAGCUGCGCGACCUGGAGCAAGGGUUCAUGUCGCGUCGGCACAUGUUCGCGCUCUUCAACCCUGAGGGCAGGAAUGUCUACAAGGAUUACAAGCAGCUGGAGUUGUCGUGCGAGACCCAGGACGACGUGGACUCGUGGAAGGCGUCCUUCCUGCGUGCCGGAGUCUACCCUGAGAAGACCUCCGAGGCAGCCAACGGUGAAGAGUUAUUUCCUUUCUCUGGUUUGUCGGGGGGUCGGAAAAGCUCAGAUACCGGCGGCUCGAGCAGCAUGGACCCGCAGCUGGAGCGGCAGGUGGAGACCAUUCGCAACCUGGUAGACUCGUACAUGCGCAUCGUGACCAAGACCACGCGCGACCUGGUGCCCAAGACGAUCAUGAUGAUGAUCAUCAACAACGCCAAAGAUUUCAUCAACGGGGAGCUGCUGGCGCAUCUGUACGCGUCCGGUGAUCAGUCGCAAAUGAUGGAAGAAUCCCCGGAGGAAGCGCUGAAGCGCGAGGAGAUGCUCCGCAUGUACCACGCGUGCAAGGAAGCGUUGCACAUCAUCGGCGACGUUUCCAUGGCGACCGUCAGCACGCCCGUGCCGCCGCCCGUUAAGAACGACUGGCUCGAGAGCCGGCUCGACUCCAACCCGCGCCUGUCGCCGCCCUCGCCUGGAGGACCGAGGCGCGCUGCGCCCGCUCAGCAAGGUUCAAUGGGACAACGUGGUGCUCCGCCCCCACCCGGCGCAGGCACCGGCCGGCCGGCGCCCCCGCUGCCGUCGCGGCCCGGCGGCGCGGCGCCCCCGCCCCCCGGCGGCCGCCCGCAGCCCGGUGGAGGCCUGCCUGCCCCGCUCAUACCGACGCGGCCGGGCGCGGGCGGCGCGGCGGGCGCGAUGCAGGCGGCGGGCGCGGCCAACGCGGCCAUGAACCAGCUGCCGCCGCACAUGCGCCAGCAGAUCAACCAGGCCGUGGGCCAGGCCGUCACUAACGCCGCCAUGAACGAGCUCAGCUCCGCCUUCGCCAGAUUCAAGUAAAGCGGGCCGCGACCGCGCUCACGGGCGCCCCGGCGCCUCUGGGCGCGGCGCCGACUUUCACUAACCCAACGCACAACUCGUACCCGCACGCGUUGUCGUCUCACCGCAUUGUGCGACGUGUCGUGCCGAUCCCGCUCCGACAUCGCCAACUCUAUUUGUAUAGAUUUGUCGGUCCGUUUCUCAUGUAUAUCGAAAUAUUAAUUUCUAUACAAAUAUUUGAUACAGUAAUAACAUCACAGUGUUAUAUAUGACACGAAGUAGCAUAAGCAUUGUUGACGAAAAUUACCAAUCUGUCCACCCAUUUGUUACGCUUACUGGUGUUGUCCGAGAUCGAGAUUUUAUGUAGUGUGUGCGCGACACUAACAGUCAAGCUUUUGUUGUUCGUGAACAGUUGCUUCUGGACGGUACCCGAGUGUAGCAAUGUAUUGUACAGUGCCUGACUAACACGACUGUUGUGCACAUAUUAACAGUUAGAUCACUAGUGCCACGUUAUCAAUGUUACCAUUUUAUGAUAACGUCGCUAAGAUUAUGCCUUUGCCCUGACCUACUAAACUCAAAUUAAAUAUAAUUCACAGUAUGCCUAAGAAAACUUGCUCAAUCAGAAGUGACCAGACGAUGAGGUUUUCUGAAGAUCGCACACGAUUUCAGUUAUUUAAGAAUUCGUUGUACCGGUAUACAUUCGUAAAAGCAAUAAGAUCUUUUAAAAUUUAGUACUUAACGUGUAUAAAAUCGAACCAAAUUCGUGUUAAGUAAAAAAUUCUCAAUAUGGCAAUGGAUGAAUUCAGUAUUAAAUUUGAUGAAAUUAUUGUUGAAGAGUGCUAUUUAUGAUUAGCUGUACGGAUAAAUAUUCCACGAUACGGAUGGCGUAUGUAAUCUUUAUUAUUAUAAAUAUGAAUGAAUAUGUAAUUACCUUUAUUUAAUGUAAUUAAUUGUAAAUGUUACAUUGAAGGCUUAUGAUAAGUGUAUAAUGAAUUAUGUAGAUGAGCCGUACGAAGGGCCGUUUGCUGCGACAGCGUGUUCCGAGCCGCUCGGGCCCGCCGGGCACGCCUGGGUAUCGGUGGGCCGCCUGCCGCGAGUGUACAGGCUGCGCGCCGAUACCCGGGCGACCCGAGGGCCCGCGCCGCCGGCCCGCCCGUCCUCGCAAGCCGCUCUGUGCCGCGCUAGGGGACUAUCGAGCAUAUCAUAUUGUUUUGUAUAUGUGCUAGAAAUGUAUGAACGCAUUAUAUUAAGACGAGUGUUUAUUUAUCGUUGGUGCACUCGACACUAUGUUCGCGUAGAGCUAGCUGCAUAGAUGCAGUUGUUGCAACUCGUUCUCACCUCAGCGUCUAGGUGUUUCGUAGCAUUGAACUUGACCAGACGAGUCUC